CGGGACAGCCCCCGGUUAUUGGCCUCACCGCAAAGCUUGUUUGAAGCGUAGGGAGGUAGACUUGGGGAGGUGGUGCCCCGCUGGAGGCCUGCGCUUACCUGGAGGGGGUCCCCUCUAGCGGCCGCAGGAAGGACGUUGGAACUAACGUCCCUAUGGUCUCCAGCUGUCCUGGAGAGCUCAGGUUCCUGCUCACCUUCACCUGCCCGACAGGUGGGCAGCCCGCCAGAUGUCCUUGCUUCUUAUCCUCAGAGACACCUGCAGGGCUUUGCUCCUGCUGUACCCCCACGCCACUCUCUCACCACGCAUUCGAAUCCCACACAUCCUUCACCUCCGGUUCCCCUAAAAGCCUUCCCGAGUUCUCGGGAGGUGGAGGGGGAGUAUUCCUUAGCGGCGCUCCUCUAACACCUGUUGGCUCUGCUGUAUACCGACCCUUCCAGCACGAACUUAGCUCAGCAAGACCUACGGUCCUUCGAUCCCCACAACUCCCUGAGACAUUGAGCUCAUGUCCAUUUUAACGGUGAAGAAAUGACAUUUUGGCAGAGCUUCAACGAGAAGAGGUAGUUUGGUUCAGACCCUAAGACAGAGCUCAGAGGAAACGCCCGAGAGCAGAACGAGAUUCCAGGUCCAUGACAUCCUGUUAUACAAGCAAGUGCACCAGUGAGGUCCAUCUGUGCCGUGCUCCAUUCCCACCUGGGCCGCACCUGCUCUUAUGCUGGCUUUCCAGGUGCUUAGAAGAACACGUAGUAGAGUUUUUCAUCAAACAAAUGGAACAUAUCACCGAACUUUGCUGAGAUGGACAACUUUGCGGAAAAAGAACUUGGCAAAAAAUAUUCCAGAAAAGCCAACAAAAUACAGAGAGGUUUUACUGCUGCAUAUCCAACACAAUCUUCUAUUCCUUUUGAACACCAGACGUCAGUAAUUCCAGAAUCAGAAAAAAAAGGAUUUAAUAGUCAAGCCAAGAGAUUUUAUCAUAAGAAGGAUGACGUCCCAGGUCCUGGGUUUUACAAUGUCAUUCACCAAUCUCCAGUGUCCAACAGUGUCUCGUUGUCUAAGAAAGGGACAUGCACUUUUCCCUCUAUGCGUGCCCGCUUGGCCACCGUCAUUUCAAAGUAUCCUGCAGCUAAUGCAUACACCAUCCCAUCACAUUUUGUUUCGAAGAAAGACUUCAGUAAUUCCUGUUCCAGCAUGUUCCAGUUGCCAAGCUUUGCAAAAGUCCUCAAGUUUGAAACUCCUGCACCAAACCACUACAACGCCUCUGUCUCCUGCUGCAAGCAGAAGAACAACGUCUGUGCCCGAGCCGGGUUUAUGUCCAAAACCCAGAGGGGAUUUUUCACUAGGACUGAAAUGGUACCUGCUCCAGGGCAUUAUAAUGUCAAUGAAUCCCUUGUGAAGCCGUCGCCAAAGACAUUAAUGUCUUGUUUUAAAUCGAACACCGGCCGUGGAUUAAAACUGACAUCAACAGGCCCAGGACCUGGUUAUUACAACCCAAAUGAUCGCACCAAAAUUCCAAAAAAGACUCUUUUCCCGAAAAACCCCAUCCUGAACUUCUCUGCCCAGCCUUUGCCUCUGCCCCCCAAGCCGCCUCUCCCGGGCCCUGGCCAGUAUGAGAUCGUGGACUACGCGGGGCCACCCAAGCAUUUCAUCUCUAGUGCAUCAUUUGUGUCCAACACCAGCCGGUGGACAGUGGCGCCAUCCCAGCCAGGCCUGCCUGGCCCAGCCACAUACAAGCCUGAGUUGCUGGGAAGGCAGUCCUUUCUGUACAACGAGGACAAGAAGUGGAUCCCAGUGCUGUAGCAGUGACCUCAUACAAGCUCGGGGAGAACGCCAGCCGCCUGCUGCCCCCCCCGGGGUCCCCAGAUGCUCACUCAGAGCAUGGCUAUUUUGUGUAUGACAGCUGAUGAUUUGGGGACAGCUCUGCCACCCAGACUGCUACGGAUGAGCAGCUGCACUUGCUCUUGCCCUGAGCUGCCUCCUGGAGGUCAGAUGCCCACCCCCACUGACUCCAGUGGUUUCCUGAGCAGAAAUAUGGAGUGGACAGAGCCUCCCCUGCCCAUUUGUCCAGGCUGGCUUCUGCUCCCCUCCCCUCAGACUAAUGGGGCUCCUCCAACUGAGACUCCAGGAAGAAGGUAGCCAAUGGCUGAUGCUCCAUCUAGAAGCCUGAUGCUGAGCCAGGGCUCUUGGGCCCAGAAUGUACCCACAAGGUCGGCAGCACAGGGCUGCGGCCCAGACGUGCUCCCAUCCUUCUGGCCUUGACUUCCAGACACCUGCAGUUCCCAGGAUUCCUCUGGGAAGGCCCAGAGGCACUUGUGAUGGAUCCAUGAAGGGCUUGCCUGAGUCCUUGCCUCCAGCUAAGACUCCCUAUCUCACCUUCAGGAAGAGCAUGGCAGCCAGGUGCUAUGACCGCUUGAGAAGAGGCCCCCACAUCCAUUUACUGGCUCUAUAUUCAACAGCACUCAUGGGCAGAAGCCUGCUGGAGCCGGAGCCUGGGUCUUUUCUGGCCUGUCAAAUUGAUUCCCCUUGGCAAGAGGAAGAUUCCCAAAGAACUAAGAGGAAAUAGAAGUACCCAACAUCCUCUCCCCUCCCAAGCAUUGCUGUUAUCUUUCCCGUUUGUAAGUGGAAGUCUCUUGCGCAGUCUCCCCUCCAGCUCCCACAUCGACAAGGCCUCUCCCGUCCCCUUGGGUCGCUCCUUUGACUUUCCUGUGUUACAUCCUGGGCCUUCGUGUCAGAACUGGCCACUGAUUGGCUCUCCCUCUGGGGAGUGGUGGGUGAGGAAGGAGGGAGAAAGAUGGAAUAACAUAUCCAAUUAAACCAAAUUUUUGCAUCUCACAAAAGCUGGCCUUUGUGAGCCCCAGAUGCCCAAAACGCUGCAUGGCCUGGAGCACUCUGCCAGGAGCAGUGGAAGCCUGGCUCUGAAGGCAGGACACCUAGUGCGUCUGUUCUCUCAGGGCUGCAGCUUCUCUUCCAGGUGCAGGUCCGGUUAGAGUUGAGGGGCUCCAGGUAAACACUCCCAGGGGCUGGACGAGCAAUGCACAGAGCAGAACAGGGAGGCAGGGCUGGGGGGCUGGGGGCUGAGGCUGCUGACUGCCUAAAGGACAUCCAAAAUGGCUCCAGCUAACUGUUGUCAGAUCUGCAGAUUUUUCAACAGAAUCUGGAGAAUCUUUAAAAUGUGAAAUCUCUUGAUCUGAGAUGUUGACAACCAUAUUGCAAUUAAAAAUUUUUUGUUUAGACUAAAAGAAUUUUCUGCAGGCCAUCAGUUGCCCGCUCAGGUGUUAGAGGUUCUGAAAGGCCCUUACAGAGCUGACACUUGAAGCUGUACCUUUCUUUGACCCCGGCCUCUCAACAGUAGGCCUUGGUUUUAGGUCCCUCUGACCCUGGAAGACCUUAGGAGGCCAUUGGCCUGGAAGGAGCUGGCCCUGGGCUCCCCAUGGGCAGAGGCUGGGGGUGAUGCAUUGAAAAGCAAGACAGGCUUCUCCUCCCCUUGGGCAGCUGGGCUGAGCACCAGUAGGUGAAGACGCUCUCUCCAGAAGGAGCCCUCUCCAAGUGGGGUCAGGAAAGAGGGGCUCCUGGGAGAACACAGGGCUGCUCUUGGUCAGCAGAAUCCCUGUGCUAUAGAAGCCAUGACUGGACCUGAGGCCCUCAACUCAGAGGGUCUGACUUGACUGUAUCCAGCCUCUUUUAAGAUAUCAUAGGCUGCUCAUAGCUCCGUCCAGCCCAGUGGUUCUCAGGCCCUGGCUGUGCGUUAGGAUCACCUUGGGAGCUGUUGCAGAGGCAGCCUGCGCAGGCCUCAACCUUUGAGGUUCUGACUUAGUUGAUCUGAGAUAGGGUCUGGACAUUGGUAUAUUUAUUAAAGUUCUCAGUGUGAUUAUACAUCUAGUUAGGGUUAGGAUACACUGAUAGUUUAAUAAAAUGAUUUCCAAAUUUUAAUGUGCCUGCAAUUCACUUAAGACAGAGUCUUUAGGUCUGGGGUAGGCCUGAAAGUCUGCAUUUCUUUUUCUGUUUUUUUUACUAGAGAUAUAAUUGACACAUAAUACUGCAUUAGUUUUAGGUGUAAGCAUUUCUAACAAGCUCCAGGUGAGGCCAAUACUGCUGGUCCAUGGACCACACUUAGUGUAGCAGGUCAUUCAUCCCUUUCUCCCCUCACCCACUCACUGUCUACCAGGUAAAAGCCACCUCCAGCCAGGGGUCGCUCUCUCCACCAGGCAACAGCUGCCUUUUUAAAGUGACCCCCCGUUUGGGAAGAACUAACCACUCCUUUCACCUUUUCACUCUUUGGAGCGAAAGACCCAGAAUGGCAGCCGUUGGCCCCUCCAAAUGGCCCUUCAAGCCAUUGACAGCCUUUGUCUGUUUAUGUAGAGGGGAAGAGAAUGGGCCCCAGUGGCUUUGCUGGAGAUGGCCGGACGUACAGUGGACGUGCAGCUGCCCGCUCCUCUCCCGGUGUCUUGCCAAUGGGUUUCAGCUCCAGGCAUGAUGGAUUCAAUGCGACCAAAGAAAAUGAGAGUAGAAUGUUCUUGGGGUGAAAGGGUUAUACCCAACUUUAUUUCCACGGUGGCAGGUCAAUCACUAAAAUCCCGUCCACUCAGAGCGAGUCUGCAGGCAGCAAGCCGGUCUCUGCCUCUGGGCCCCUCAGCCCACACAGCCAGUCUCUGUCCUCGGCGCUGCCACCACUCCAGCCUCUGCUCUGCUCUCCUGCAGCCUUGCAGCUGUGCCACUGUGUUGCCCAGAGCACUGGGCAGAGCUCUUUACAUAGAGUCAGUAACGACGCAUUGCCCACACGUGUGUAGUGAGCUAGCCAAGCAGGGCCAGGCGAGAAUCCUGGCCACGGGAACCUUCAUUUUAUCCACACCUGGACACUGCAGCAGGCUUUGCCCUGAUACUGAUGGUUCUUUGUGUGUAUGAGUCCAGACAGACACUGGCCAGAUGACAAAGGCAGGCCUGAUAAUUACGGCCUUUUUAGAGCAGUGGCUCUCUACCUUGAUUGCAUAGUGAUCACUUGGGAGGCUUUAAAAAGUACUGACGCCUGGGCCCCACCCCCCGAAAUUCUGAUUUAAUUGCUCCAGGGUGGGGUCCGGGAAGUGGGGAGGUGGGGGAGAGGAUAAAAGCUGCCCAGGUGAUGCCAAUGUGCAGUCAAAGUUGAGAAGCACCACCUGCUGCUUCCCAGGGGCUCUGGGAGGACAGCCGGCAGGAAUCUCAGGAAAGAAGGAAAUGGACAGAUGCUGAGCACCUCUGGCUUGCCUGGCAAUGUGCUGACACUCUGCAUACACCCUGCCAUCUCCCUCUCACACAUCACCCUGUUCUGACAUCUACGGUGAUGACAGCAGCACAGGCCUGGAGCGGGCAGAGCAACUCGGUGCUCCACGGGGGCCCUGAGCAGUUCCAGGCAAACCACACUGGGGUCUGAGGACAAAGGAAGCGUCAGUAAUACAGAGACUGACUUCAACAUUUUGAAAGUGCUCAGAAUGGAUUUUUUUUUCCUUUAAUUUUGAAAAAAUAUUGCAUUAAACUAUGAUUCAUCUUGAUUACUGGGAUCUUUGGCUCCUCUUAAUUUUUGCCCUUGAGGCUAGUCCCUCACUUGCCUGACCCUAGUCCCAGCCCUGCCUCCAGGCAAGGCCUUGGAGAUUUGGACCAAUGACCCUGACUAUCAGAUAGAAGUCCUUGGAGAUGUCUGUGAGCUUCAAACUUUUUAAAAAACUUUUAUUCAGACAAGUUUAUGAGAAGUCGUAUUAUGUAAACAUGGCUCCUGCCACUGGUCCCAGCCGUGAGGGCCUCGGCAAGGUCAUCCUGGACCCUUCCCAGGACUUACCCAUCUCCAGUCAAUGAGCCUAAGGUCAUAACAUUUAGCCUGUGGGACUGCACGUGACAGAGACCUGGGCAUCAGGAUUCUGCGCCUUCUGGGUGGGCACCUCUGCUUCCCCAGCACCCAGCUGACCCCCAUCCUUCAAGUCUAGGGCAAACCACUCACAAGAUAGAGAAGGAGGGAAGCCUUGUUUACCUUCACCUCCUCUGCCUGGAAGACUGUCACAAAAGGAACAAGUACAGCAUUUAAAGGUAACACAUAGGUAGAAUUUUAUUACUAAAUACCACGAGUAUACAAAAUGCAUAAUUGAACAACAGCUAAAAAAAAUAGUCCAAGAAAUGUGGAAUACACAUUUUUUGAAAUGAUAAAAAUGUAUCCAUGAAAAAUAUAAAAUGUUGCAUAUAUAUACAAUAUAUACUUAUAUAUAUAUAUAUUUAUAUAUAUAUAACAUAAAUGAAAAUU